UCACGUGGGGCGUGCGGCGCGCGCUGCGUGCGCGCGGCGCCUCAUCCGUCGCCCCACCCCCUCCCCUCCGGCGGGGCGGGGGGGCUGGGGGGAGGGGCGUCAAGAUGGCGGCGGGGAGGUAGGCAGAGCCGGACGCCGCUGCUGCCGCCGCCACCGCCGCCUCCGCUCCAGUCGCCUCUAGUUCUUCAAGCUCUCGCCACCCGGUAGGAGCUGUUCCGGCGUCGGAUCCCGCGGGGAAAACAACCACGUUUAGAGACGGAGUAGGGCUUCUACUGAGUCGGCCGGCACGGUCCAGAAAGCUGUCAAACCCCGAGUUGCCCUAGAGGAAAUAAACUUAACACUUGUAGACACAAAUCAGCUAGCAGUGCAGAAGGAUUCCAUAUUUGCCUCGAUGGUGGAACCAGGGCAAGAUUUACUGCUUGCUGCUUUGAGUGAGAGUGGAAUUAGUCCGAAUGACCUCUUUGAUAUUGAUGGGGGAGAUGCAGGGCUUGCAACUCCAACACCUACUCCUACAGUUCAGCAGUCCGUGCCACUUAGUGCAUUAGAACUAGGUUUGGAGACUGAAGCAUCAGUUCCUGUUAAACCAGAACCAGAGACGCUACCUACUCCAGCGCUAUUAAAUGUUAGGCAGCAGCCUCCAUCUACUACAACAUUUGUGCUGAAUCAAAUAAAUCAGCUUCCAACCCUGGGAUCUACAAUUGUAAUGACUAAAACACCACCUGUAACAACGAAUAGGCAGACCAUCACCUUAACAAAGUUCAUCCAGACUACUGCAAACACACGCCCUUCAGUCUCCGCACCAGCAGUACGAAAUGCCAUGACCUCUGCACCCUCAAAGGACCAGGUUCAGCUGAAGGAUCUGCUAAAAAAUAAUAGUCUGAAUGAGCUCAUGAAACUGAAGCCGCCGGCCAAUAUUGCGCAGCCAGUGGCAACAGCAGCUACUGAUGUAAGCAAUGGUGCUGUAAAGAAAGAGUCUUCUAAUAAAGAAGUAGCAAGAAUAUGGAUAAACGACAUGAAAAUGAGGAGUUUUUCUCCAACCAUGAAGGUCCCUGUUGUGAAAGAGGAAGAUGAACCGGAGGAAGAAGAUGAAGAAGAAAUGGGUCACGCAGAAACCUAUGCAGAGUAUAUGCCGAUAAAAUUAAAAAUUGGCCUACGUCAUCCAGAUGCUGUAGUGGAAACAAGUUCUUUAUCCAGUGUUACUCCUCCUGAUGUUUGGUACAAAACAUCCAUUUCUGAAGAAACCAUUGAUAAUGGCUGGUUGUCAGCGUUACAGCUGGAGGCAAUUACUUAUGCAGCCCAGCAACAUGAAACAUUCCUACCUAAUGGAGAUCGUGCUGGCUUCUUGAUAGGUGAUGGUGCUGGUGUGGGGAAAGGAAGGACAAUAGCGGGAAUUAUCUAUGAAAAUUACUUGUUGAGUAGAAAAAGAGCAUUAUGGUUCAGUGUUUCAAAUGACUUAAAGUAUGAUGCUGAAAGAGAUUUGAGGGAUAUUGGAGCAAAAAACAUUUUGGUUCAUUCAUUAAACAAGUUUAAAUAUGGAAAAAUUUCUUCCAAACAUAAUGGGAGCGUGAAAAAGGGUGUCAUUUUUGCUACCUAUUCUUCCCUUAUUGGUGAAAGUCAGUCUGGCGGUAAAUAUAAAACUAGAUUAAAACAACUUCUGCAUUGGUGCGGUGAUGACUUCGAUGGCGUGAUAGUGUUUGAUGAAUGUCAUAAAGCAAAAAACUUAUGUCCUGUUGGUUCUUCAAAGCCAACCAAGACAGGCUUAGCAGUUCUAGAGCUUCAGAACAAAUUGCCAAAGGCCAGAGUUGUUUAUGCUAGUGCCACUGGUGCUUCUGAACCACGAAACAUGGCCUAUAUGAACCGUCUUGGAAUAUGGGGUGAGGGAACUCCAUUUAGAGAAUUCAGUGAUUUUAUCCAAGCAGUAGAACGGAGAGGUGUUGGUGCCAUGGAAAUAGUUGCUAUGGAUAUGAAGCUUAGAGGAAUGUACAUUGCUCGACAGCUGAGCUUUACUGGAGUGACCUUCAAAAUUGAGGAAGUUCUUCUUUCUCAGAGCUAUGUGAAAAUGUAUAACAAAGCAGUCAAGCUGUGGGUCAUUGCCAGAGAGAGAUUUCAGCAAGCCGCAGAUCUGAUUGAUGCUGAGCAACGCAUGAAGAAAUCCAUGUGGGGUCAGUUCUGGUCUGCGCACCAGAGAUUUUUCAAAUACUUGUGCAUAGCAUCCAAAGUUAAAAGGGUUGUGCAACUAGCUCGAGAAGAAAUCAAGAAUGGAAAAUGUGUUGUAAUUGGUCUGCAAUCAACAGGCGAAGCUAGAACAUUAGAAGCCUUGGAAGAGGGUGGAGGAGAAUUAAAUGAUUUCGUUUCAACUGCCAAAGGAGUGUUGCAGUCACUUAUUGAAAAACACUUCCCAGCUCCAGACCGGAAGAAACUUUAUAGUUUGCUAGGAAUUGAUUUGACAGCUCCAAGUAACAAUAGUUCUCCAAGAGAUAGUCCUUGUAAAGAAAAUAAAGUAAAGAAGCGGAAAGGUGACGAAAUCACUCGAGAAGCCAAGAAGGCGCGGAAAGUAGGUGGCCUUACUGGCAGUAGUUCCGAUGAUAGUGGAAGUGAAUCCGACGCCUCUGAUCAUGAAGAAAGCGACUAUGAGAGCUCGAAAAACAUGAGCUCAGGAGACGACGACGAUUUCAACCCGUUCAGAGAUGAGUCUAGUGAGGAUGAUGAAGAUGAUCCCUGGUUAAUCAGAAAAGAUCACAAGAAAAACAAAGAUAAAAAAAAAAAGAAAAGUAUAGAUCCAGAUUCUAUUCAAAGUGCCUUAUUAGCAUCAGGUCUUGGAUCAAAACGACCUAGUUUUUCAUCUACACCAGUAAUUUUGCCUGCUCCUAACAGUGCACCAGCUAACAGUAACACCAACAGUAACAGUAGCCUUAUAACAAGUCAGGACGCUGUGGAAAGGGCCCAGCAGAUGAAGAAAGACCUACUUGAUAAACUAGAGAAAUUAGCAGAAGACCUCCCUCCUAAUACCCUGGAUGAACUUAUUGAUGAACUUGGUGGACCUGAGAAUGUUGCUGAGAUGACUGGUCGCAAAGGGCGGGUUGUAAGCAACGAUGACGGAAGCAUAUCUUAUGAGUCGAGAUCUGAACUUGAUGUCCCUGUAGAAAUACUAAAUAUCACAGAAAAACAAAGAUUUAUGGAUGGAGACAAGAAUAUUGCUAUUAUCUCAGAAGCUGCCAGCUCGGGUAUUUCGUUACAAGCAGAUCGGAGAGCUAAAAAUCAAAGGCGAAGAGUUCAUAUGACUUUGGAAUUACCCUGGAGUGCUGAUAGAGCAAUUCAGCAAUUUGGAAGAACUCAUAGAUCAAACCAAGGUUACUGCUCCGAGUAUGUGUUUCUGAUUUCUGAAUUGGCAGGGGAACAAAGAUUUGCUUCUAUUGUUGCCAAAAGACUUGAGAGCUUGGGAGCACUUACACAUGGUGACAGAAGAGCAACGGAAUCUAGAGAUCUGAGCAGGUUCAAUUUUGAUAAUAAGUAUGGAAGAAAUGCUUUAGAAAUUGUCAUGAAAUCCAUUGUCAACCUAGAUUCUCCUAUGGUAUCACCACCUCCAGACUACCCUGGAGAAUUCUUUAAAGAUGUUCGACAAGGACUAAUAGGAGUUGGCCUGAUAAAUGUAGAAGAUCGUUCGGGUAUUCUUACUCUAGAUAAAGAUUAUAACAACAUAGGAAAAUUCUUAAAUAGAAUUUUGGGCAUGGAAGUGCAUCAGCAGAAUGCGUUAUUUCAGUAUUUUGCAGACACACUUACAGCAGUUGUUCAAAAUGCCAAAAAAAAUGGAAGAUAUGAUAUGGGAAUUUUAGAUCUGGUUCUGGAGAUGAAAAGUGAGGAAAAGUGAUGUUAAGAAGUUUCUGACUCCGGGAUAUUCCACCUCUGGUCAUGUAGAGUUAUAUACUAUUAGUGUGGAGAGGGGAAUGUCUUGGGAGGAAGCUACCAAGAUUUGGGCUGAGCUGACAGGACCAGAUGAUGGCUUUUACUUGUCAUUGCAA